AUGUUCAAGAAAGUGUCAUCACCGUUGGGUUUACCAAGAAGUCUCUCAUUGGAGACAUUUUCUUCAAAUAGUAAAAAGCUAAAGAGAAGUUCCACUAAACCUUUUUCGUUCACAACUUUACCCACGUUACACUUGGAUAGAUUUUUCACAAACGAAGGACAUCAAUUGGUGACAUCUUACCUUAAAUUAUCGCAAAUACAAAAUCAUAUUCAGAAAGGAACCUUACAUAAAAUAACCGAAAAGGACGUUGAUGAAUUAUUAAAAAGUUAUGGUGGUUUAUCAACACCCGUAUAUGAAACAAUAUCAUAUCAAGAAUUAAACUUAUCAUAUAACGAAUGUAAAUUAUUAGCAAAAUUAUUAAAGGCUAAUCACGUUACGAAAAUUCGUAAAUUAAAAUUAUCAAAAAAUCAUUUAAGUGGAUCUUCGGUAAAGAUUAUUUUUGACGCUUUACAGAAAAAUUCGACGGUUAAAGUGUUAGACUUAUCCUUCAAUAAUUUAUCUGAUAACGAAGCAAAAUGGUUGGGAAAUUUAUUAAAGAAGAAUGAUACCAUCCAAGAAAUUUAUUUGUCUCAUAAUCGUAUCAAAUCAGAUGGUGCGAAAUAUUUGUCCAAGGCUUUAAUGAUGAAUGAUUCGGUCGAAAGAUUAAAUUUAGAAUCAAAUCUAUUAAAUGCUGAAGGUGGUAUACACAUAUCAAAAAUGUUGGAAUUGAAUGAUACCAUCAAACAUAUUCACUUGGGAAGUAAUAAUUUGAAUUUUGAAGGGAUUGAGGCCAUUUCAAAAUCAAUUGAAUCAAAUCGAUCCCUGGUUAGUUUAAGUUUGGAUAUAAAUAAUAUAACCGAGGAAGGGGCGAAAUCGUUGGCAACAUCACUUGAGAUCAAUCAAACUCUAACCCACCUUUACGUACCAAGAAAUAAUAUCGGUGAUCGAGGACUUUCAUACAUUUGUAAAUCAUUGCUUAAAAAUUCGGUCUUAACUUAUCUUGACAUCGAAUAUAAUAAUAUCGGUAAGGAUGAUAAUGUCGAAGGAAUGAAAUCACUUGGUGAAUUAUUAGAAAAAAAUAAAGUCCCAAGAGCGAUUAACCUUACUUAUAAUCCUAUCGGUGAUGAAGGUUGUGAACAAUUAUUUAAAGGUUUUCACAAGAAUACCACGUUAGAAUCUCUCUUACUUUCAAAUUGUAACAUUGGAUUAAAUGGGAUAAUAGCUAUUUCCGAUUCAUUAAAAUUAAAUAUUGGUUUGCAAAAUCUCGCCCUUAAUAAGAAUUCCAAUAUGGGAGCUGAAGGUCAUUUGGUGUUGGCCAACGCUUUAGAGAAAAAUACUUCAUUAAAGAGUGUACAAUUGGAUUAUAACUUUGCCGAGUGGGAGUCGAUCGGUAAUUCAAUACAACAAUCUCUUACGCGUAAUCAUUUCUUACAAAAAGAAAAGUAUAAAACUGCUGCUAAUAUCCUUAAAGCUGCAAGAAUAUUAUUAAACCCCACUUUACAACAACAAUUACCAACUUGUAUGUCUUGUUCAACUUCUCCUUUUAUAUCUCCUAUGAUCUCUCCUAUGAUCUCUCCUAUGCUCUCUCCUAUCAUUACUCCAAUCUCGACUCCAAGAAGAUUAUCCAUACAAACACCAGAAAAGAAAUCAUUUUCUAAAUUACCUUUUGAAUUACAAGAACAUAUACUUGCUUAUUUAGAUACGACUCACGUGCUUACAAAGCCUCAAAUUCUAGAGAUUAUUAGUUUUGCUUUGAAAAAAUCUACUUUAAAUUUCACUAUGGAAGAAUUUUUGUCGAAAACUCUUUAUGCCUAUUAUCCUUUAACUCCUGAUGUUAGACUUUGGCCUACCGAAGCUACUGAUGCUGAAUUUCUUUCUUUUGAACGUUUUUAA